UCAGCCAGCAGGCUCCAAUAAUAAACUUGAUGAAGACAGGUUGUAUGAGGCUGUUGACCCUGCAACCAGACUGGAAGAAAAGCCCAAAGAUCAAGUCCCUCCAGCAUGGUCUCCAGCCAGGAAGCCAACGUAUUCUUGCAAGAUGGUUAUAUUGACUGGUGCUGCUCUGCUGUCUGUGUCUGUGUUCCUGAAUGUGUUGCUGCUCACAAUGGGGACUGUGCAUUAUUAUAAAAUGGCUGAUACUUUGGAGCAAGUGCAAAAAGAGAACAAAUGGCUUAAGGAGGCAGCUCCAAGCCCUUUCUUGCUGUACAAUGAGAAUAAAAAUGUUUGUGCAACUAUCCUGGAACAAAACUAUCUCACAGCAGUUUCCUGUAGCCCUGACGUCCAGGAUCAGCACUUUCAGCUACUCUCUGGUGGCCUCCUCAGUCAUUUGGUCUCUCAUCUAUGUGUAGCAGCCCAAUCGAGAAAAAACAAAAUGGCCCUCAUUCUGACGCCCUGCAAUCCACGGAGUUCACUCCAGCACUGGGAAUGCCGCAACCAUGAUCUCCUGGCCCUCAAGGACACUGAUCUCUAUUUCAACUAUGGUAACAGUGUCAAUAAGCGGGUGAUGCUUUAUGAUGGCAAUGGGCCCUGGAGUCGCUGGCUCAUCUAUGGGACCCACAACAACAUCUGCAACUCUUGCAGCCCUUUAGGCAGGGACUGGAAAUCCUUUCAGGAAAGCUACUACUUCUUCUCACACUCUCCAGGAUCCUGGGAUGUGGCCAACCAAUCGUGCAUCUCCAUGGGAUCCCACCUGGUGACCAUCAGCAGUGCAGAGGAGAAGGACUAUGUUGCAACCAUCAUGAAAACUACUUCCUACUGGAUUGGCCUUACAGACCUGGAGCUUGAGGGUACCUGGAAGUGGGUGGAUGGGACAAAUGUAGGACCUGAAAACAGAUAUUGGCAUUCCACUGAGCCCAAUGGUGGAAAGAAUGAAAAUUGUGCCAUGGUGAGCCAUGGUAUGUGGUAUGACUACCCCUGCAAAGAGAGACACUACUGGGUGUGCGAAAGAAAGCUGUAGUUCCAAGGCGUGGAGUGUUGUUGCUGUCUGAGUUAAGCAUCAUAAUUCCCUGAGAAGCAUAGCAACUGUAGAGGUAGAGCUCAUGCUGGUUCCAGUUCACUUGUACAGUCACUCAUCCUCUGGCUUCUUCAAAUGCUAAGAAAACUGAGGCCUGUUACAGACAGCCAAAAUAAAGCUGCUUCGGGUCUCUUUGGAGGUAUGCUAUUUAAAUGAUGCUUGGGUCCUAAGAGUCCGGAGGUCGCGCCAAAGCCAC